AUGACAGAUGAGAGCCUGCAUGACAAGAUUGAGAGACUACUCUCCCUAAUGGAAGCUCAGCUGGAGCUCUCCAGACAAGCUCAAUAUGAGGAGUGUCUAUGCUGCGCUCACCUGAGCCAGGAGGAUAUGAUCAUACCUCCCUGCUCAGAGGAAUGGCCUAGAUACUUCAAGCCUAGGGUGGACCCAUACAACUGGCCUAGGACAGACCCUUAUGGCCUAGAGCAAGAGGAUGAUGCUAGCACAACAGGAGGUCGAGACCCCUCACAAUCGAAACCAAUCACCACACCAUUCCCAAAGUUCAAUCCAAGAGACAUAGAGAUCUUCAUACUCGAAGCUGAAGCCUGGUUCAAGUUCAAUCAGGUAUACAAGCAAGCUCAUAUGAUCAAUCACAUGGGUGCUCAAUUGGAAGGAAAUGCAUGUGAAUGGUGGACCUCAAAGCUCUGCAUUGACAGAGCACAAGAAGGAUGGCUGUUCCAUGACUGGCACUACUUCACUGAGCACUUGGCAGAACAGUUAAAUCCUCGCAAUGCUAGAAUGGAGGCCUACAACAAGUUGUUGGCCCUUUGCCUCACUAGUGAUGCACCAGGUGCCACCACAUGCCAUGUCAAACACUUCAGAGACUUAGAGGGACAGGUCAACCUAGACAACAAUGAGUUGGUCAUUGAUCUGUUCAGAGGCAGUCUCACACGCAGUCUGCAGGAAAAGUUUGAGAGAAACCCACCCAUGAAGAGGUGGGAGUGGUAUCGAGAAGUUGAGGAGAUUGACUGA